AUGGCCCGUUUCAUCCCGGCGGCCGUGAAGGCCUCGUUUCUCUUUGUCUGCCUCGCCUCCGCGGUGCUCCUCUCCGCCGCCGCUGCCACUCCUGCAGCAAAUGCAACUGCCGCCGCAAACAAGACUGCGGCCGCAAACAAGACUGCGGCCGCAAACAAGACUGCGGGCGCAAACGCGACUCACCCAAACCGUGUCGGGUCUGCCGGCGUGAGCCUCACGUUGACGAGCGCGAGGCGGAGCAAAGGCAUGAGCCAGGGGAAGGAUACCACGUGCUCGUACUACGGCAACUACUCCGCCAACCCCUUCUUUGGCAAGGGUCUUACCGUGAAGCUUCCUCCCGCCGCCUUCCACAAGCGCUGCGGCGCGUGUUACAAGGUGAGCUGCGUGAACAACACGAAGCGGUGCCGCGACAAGCCCGUGACGGUGCGCGUGGUGGGCGAGGUGAAGACGGAGAAGCAGCUGUCGCUGUCCCGCGUGGCGUGGGGGAAGAUCGUGCAGGCCGACAUCGCCGGGGCGCCCGUCAACGUCACGUACGUGCGCACCAACUGCGUGUCGACCGUCGGAUCCGCGGUGCGCGUGCGGAAGAACGCGACGGCGGAGAGUUUCGCGAUUCAGAUGGUGGGACUCGCGGGGCCCGGCACGCUGCAGCUUGUCGAGGCGAGCGCGGACGGCGGCAAGAAGUGGACGAAGCUCGCUCGCGACGGCAGCAAGGCCGUGUGGGUGCUCGCGGGCGCAGAGGCGAAGGCGGUAACCGGUGCGAAGAAGGCGAUGAGCGUUCGCCUCACCGCGGGGCACACGCUGGAAGUGAUCGUUCUCGCUGACGUCAUUCCCGCCGAUUGGAAGUCUGCUACGCUCUAUCCUGCGAAGACUAACUUCAAGAAGCUGAUGCCCGAAGCCAAGGGCAUGGCGAAGAAAGAGGAGCUCACCGGGCGAUUCUCCAGCUGGGCGUCGCACGCCGUCGCACAGUCGCAGCUAGGCAUCGCACUCCUGCUGCUGCCGCUGCUCGCGUGCGUCGUCCUGUGGAGCUCCUUCCGCGCGCGCGCGCCGAUCGCGGGGGCCUGGGGGGAAGACUCUCAAGCGGGUUCCCAAGCGGACCAAUGGAGCGUGAGCGUCUUUGCAAGGGGAGCGGGAAACGAGAGCGAAACUCUGGAAGCGGCGGGGAUUGCGGGCGUGAACAGGCGAUGGGGGCCUGUUGGCGGCGAGAUGGCCGCGGGAGAAGCGCGGAAUGGGGCUGUCGAGGCGACUCGAGAGACGUCGCGAGAGGGGGAGGCGCGAGAGGCGACGGCAGGUUUAACGGCCGUUGACGGACAGGCGGAGGGCGUUGACGGACGGGAAGAGGCGGAGGGCGAGGGGAUAGUUGGGAGUGUAGAGGGAGGAGGGGUGAAGGAGAGAGGGGAUGGACAAGGAAAGGCGAGAGAGUCUGCUGGGGAGGCCGCGAGAGGAGGGGAAGGUGGUGGUGGGGGUGGUGGGGGAGAGGGUAAAGGGGCGAGGGGUGGAGAAGGGGGAGGGAAGGAGGAAAGGAGCAGUAUAGGUGCGGGGAAAGGUGGGGAAUUGGAGGGAGGUUCAGCCGAAGGCUCGGAGGGAGGUUCGGAGGCAGGAGGGCAAGAAGGAGAGGAUUUGUUGGUUGGGUGUGAAGAGAUGAUGAAUGAAGGUUUGAGUGAUAGUAGCGGGGGCGAGGAGGGCGGAGAGGAAGGGGGAGAGAAGGGGGGAGAUAAGGAGAGAGAUGAGAGGGGAGAGGAGGGGGGAGAGGGGAGACGAGAGGACGGGGGAGGGAAGGAGAGGGAUGGGAGGGGAGAGGGGGAGGGAGAAAAAGGGGGAGAGGAGGGGGGAGGGCAAGGGGGAGAGGAGGGGGGAGGGCAAGAGGGAGAGGACUUGUUGGUUGGGUGUGAAGAGAUGAUGACUGAAGGCCUGAGUGAUAGUAGCGGGGGGGAGGAGGGGGGAGAGGGAGGAGAGAAGGAGAGUGGGGAGGGUGGGGGGGAGGAGAAACACGGUGACGGGAACAUAGGAGAGGCGGGCGGACUAGAGGGGAGUGCAGGAGGAGCGGACGCGGGAGGAGUGGGAGUGGGCAGCAAUGCAAGGGACAAUAGAAGCGGAGGCAGGGAUGAUAGCAACAGCGGCAGUGUUGGGGGCAGUAGCGGUGGCAGCAGUGGUGACAGUGCUGGUGGCGCCAAGGGUGUCGUUAACAGGAGUGAGAGUGGUGGGGCGCGCAAUGGGGACAGUGGUGGGGGCGCCAAGGUUGAUUCUGUUGGAGAGGCGGGCACGGCAGGUGGUGCGAGGAAGAAGGGAGGAGGGCGCAAGGAGAAGAUCAAACUGGAUGUGCCUCUCGCCUGCGACCUCUACCGUGGCUCAUGGGUCCCGGACACCAGCCCUCCACUCUACACCAACGCCACGUGUCCCAACAUUACUCGCCACCAGAACUGCCAGGGCAACGGGCGCCCGGACAGCCAGUACGAGCGCUGGCAGUGGCGGCCGGAGGGGGCGGCGUGUGCGCUGCCGCGCUUCGAUGCAGAGGAGUUCAUGAGGGUUAUGCGCGGUAGAGGGGUGCUCUUUGUGGGGGACAGCGUGGCGAGGAACCAUUUUGAGUCGCUUGUGUGCCUUCUGAGUCAGGUGGAGAAGCCAGAGUUUCACGGCGGCAAGUCCAUGCUUCGCCUCGUCUUCCGCUCCUCUAAAGUCACACUCGCUAGAGUCAACUCCGCAUGGCUUGUAGAGGAAGGGAACGACACCGUACCUGACUGCCCGGACUCCAUACCUCGCCUGCACCUCGACCGAACCAGCCCCAAGUGGUUCGGCGAGAUCGGCAGGUUCGAUGUUGUCAUGUUCAGUUCGGCGCAUUGGUUCGUGAAGCCUUCGAUUUACAUGGAGAAAGGGGAGGUGAUUGGGUCGCAGGGCGGGUGGUGGAAGAGGGAUGAGCCGGCGAGAGUUGACAACAAGGGCGCGUUCGCACUCGCGAUUCGCACCGUGUUUCGGGACGUGGUGAAAGAGCUUGGGAAGAAUCCAAACCGAGUGCUCAUCUACCGAACCUUCUCUCCGGACCACUACGAGAAGGGCGAGUGGAACACUGGAGGUUCGUGCGCGGGCCUUACCGAACCUAGAGGCGCCAACUACACCUACAGCAACACGUUCGGGCUCAACUUAUACACGAAGCAGCUGGAAGCUUAUAACGAGGUCAUAGAGGCCGCUAUUGAAGCAGGCGCGAGUGUAGACCCGUUACGAUUCACCCUCAUGGAUGUGAUGCCGAGUGCGGGCAUGAGAGUGGACGGGCACCCAGGGCCAUACAGAGGGUUGAAUGAGGAGUUGGCUAAGUAUAAGGAUUCCAAGUUCCCCCCUCAGGACUGCCUACACUGGUGCUUACCCGGGCCGAUUGACUCAUGGAAUGUGUUUCUGCUGCAGAUUGUGAAGCGGGGGUUUGCGUCGAUUCAGGGGCAGGGGCAAGGGGGGUAG